CCAUCUGCUAAAAUGGUCAGCUUUGCCCUCCGCCCCUUUGCCUUCCUUACCCUCGCUGCCGUUGCAUUCGCUGCCCCAGCUGCUCAGGUUGAGACCACUCAGGCUCUUGCUGCUGAUCAUGCUGCUCCACUGCUCCACUGCUCUCAACCAGGUCAAGUGAAUAUGGCUCCUGCAGCUGUUAAGAAGGAUAGCUUUCCGAUGGAGAACCAUGGUGUUGAUACGCACUCCUACCAGCAGGCUGCAAAUAACGCCCAGGCUCAGCAUGGCCAAGAGCAGAUGACACCGAUGUGGCUCAUCUUCCCGUGUGAGGACAACUGCCAGAACAACAUGGCUGCUCAGCAACAAAAGAUGCCGGGUAGUGCCCCAGCUGAUAACCACCGUGGACUUGGGCUAUUCCAAAAGAGUGCGGCUGGGGUUGUCCGCAAGUCUAGCGAAGGAGGGCCUCAGAAAUCGCCUAGCAGUGUUGCUCAGAACAACAAGAGCGGUCAGCUUGUUGGAAAUCUGAGCAACAAGAGCGGUCAACUAGUUGGAAAGGCGGCCGUCGCUGCCAAUGGGAAGAAUGCUGUUCAGAUUGGUCGUGAUGGAAAGCCUAUUGCAGGUCGCCUGCUGCUGCUGCCACUGCUGCCACUGCUGCUGCUGCCCCUGCUGCUGCUGCUGAUGCCACUAAACAAGCGGUAGUAGUGCGCUUGGUUCACAAUGAACCCGGGUCACGGGCUCACCCAUCAAUCAGUGCUUGCUUUUGGCUACAUAGCAGUCGGCCAAAGGUAAGGCACUUUUACAUUUAAAGUGCUUACCUGAGAAACGAUGACUCUUGUUGAUAUCUAUUCUUCUCUGUGGUUAGAUCUAAUCUCUUGUUUACCCGCCGCUAUAAAAUACAAACCAAUCUACUUAGCAUAAGCCCCUCAGCCACACAGUGUAGUAUAGUGCAGUGUAGCUGUCCAUGGCUCAUCUCAACUCGCCUAUUUUCCUCUGCUGCCGCAAGCUUUACAUCAUAUAUUUCCAUUAUCCGGCAGGCUCAUUCUGCAAAUGGUUCCCG